CCAUGAGAAUCACCACAAGCCUAAAUUUAGCGGCACCCCUGCUACCACAAUUCCCCGCCACCUUCCCACCACCCUCUUCGUGUCCCCUCCACCGCUCCCACGCACACCACCACCCGGCCACCUCGAGACUGCCCCCCGCCCAGGCGCCGGCGGCCGGAGGGAGAAGAUGGGGCAGCAGCGCACGCUGGUGUACAGCUCCGUGGCGCGCGGCGCCGCCGUGCUGGCGGACCACGCCGAGGUCUCCGGCAACUUCGCCUCCGUCUCCGCGGAGUGCCUGCAGAAGCUCCCCGCCUCCAACAACCGCUUCUCCUACAACUGCGACGGCCACACCUUCAACUACCACGUCCACGACGGAUUCACAUACUGCGUUGUUGCUACUGAGUCUGCUGGUCGGCAACUUCCAAUUGGCUUCAUUGAGAGGGUCAAGGAAGAUUUUUCCAAGAAAUACAGCGGAGGGAAAGCCAGAAGUGCUACUGCAAACAGCCUCAAACGAGAAUAUGGGCCUAAACUUAAAGAACACAUGAGGUACUGUGACCAGCACCCUGAGGAGAUUGACAAGCUUGCAAAAGUGAAGGCUCAGGUUACAGAGGUCAAGGGAGUAAUGAUGCAAAACAUCGAAAAGGUACUAGAUCGUGGUGAGAAAAUUGAACUGCUCGUCGACAAAACGGAGGAUCUCCGCUCGCAGGCACAAGACUUCAGGAAGCAGGGAGCAAAGAUACGGCAGAAGAUGUGGUGGGAGAAUAUGAAGAUGAAGCUCAUCGUUUUCGGUAUCGUGGUUGCGCUGAUCCUCCUCCUCAUCUUGACAGUUUGCCGUGACUUCAGGUGCUGGUGAUGCGAAAAUAUAACGCUCACCUCACUGACUAUUGCUAUAGCCUUCGGUUUCAUGCUCUUGUUCCUGGAGAGAAGGAAAUGCAGGAAAGAAAAAGAACACAACCAAGUAGAGAGUUCAUUACCAUCACACCUCGGUGCCAGAAUCCGUUAGUGCGAUGUUGUGGACACGGAUGGAUCACGUUCGUUUUAGUUAUGUGUGGACCUCCGGGCCCGCAAUUAUAAUAGAGCUCCCUCCUAUUCUUUCUUCAUUGUAAUAUUAGUACUGUUCUGAUUCAGAUGAGCUACUUAAACAGCAACUUCGUAAAGAAUUUGUCCCUGUCCUUGCUGACCUUGUCUCAUGUUCUUGCUUCUGUGCUGGCGAAUCUUGA